CCUACACCAGACUAAGAUGAAUCGUUUGCGCUUUAUCUUUAUGCUGCUUCUUUCAGCUGAACUAAAGCAGGUGUAUGGAGUGUGGCCCAUGCCGCAGCACAUCUCUCACUUUACUGAGCGGUAUGUUUUACAUCCUCAUCAGUUCUCAUAUAAAUACUCCAGUGAUUCAGCUGCCCGACACGGAUGCUCUGUCUUGGAUGCUGCAUUCAAAAGAUACUUCAGGAUCAUUUUCCCUGACAUUGAAGGUGGAACAGGAUUCAGAAAAACUUGGUCUGAGGCCAAACCAUUCACAGUAUCAGUGAGUGUCAGAACAGUUGGAUGCGAUGAAUACCCAAAUCAAGAUUCAGAUGAAAGUUAUAACCUGAGUGUGUCAGCAGGUGAAGCUAUGUUAAGAGCAGAGUCAGUGUGGGGAGCUCUGAGAGGUCUGGAGUCCUUCAGUCAGCUUGUGUAUGAAGAGGAUUAUAACUCAUAUUAUGUAAAUAAAACAGACAUUGUGGACUUCCCACGAUUUCCAUUUAGAGGGCUAUUGCUGGACACAUCAAGGCACUAUUUGCCAGUACAUGUGAUACUGAAAACACUGGAUGCAAUGGCUUAUAAUAAGUUUAAUGUAUUUCACUGGCACAUUGUAGAUGAUCCUUCCUUCCCAUACCAGAGCCAGCUUUAUCCUGAUUUGAGCAACAAGGGAGCCUUUCACCCUGUGACUCACAUUUACACACCGUCAGAUGUGAGAAAGGUGAUUUCUCAUGCAAGAUUUCGAGGAAUCAGAGUGGUGCCUGAGUUUGAUUCUCCAGGACACACGCAGUCAUGGGGUAAAGGGCAGCCAGACCUGCUGACGCCCUGCUACAAGAGAACUGGUCCCUCUGGGACAUUUGGACCCAUCAACCCAAGUCUGAGCUCAAGUUACCAGUUCAUGGGCAACCUAUUGAAAGAGGUAUCCUCUGUAUUUCCUGAUACCUUUGUUCACCUUGGGGGUGAUGAGGUUGAUUUUGCAUGCUGGAAAUCAAAUCCAAAUGUGCAAGCAUUUAUGGCAAAAAUGGGCUUUGGACAUGAUUACAACAAACUGGAGUCUUUUUACAUGGAAAGUAUUAUGAACAUCUCCGCUGCCUUUAACAAGACCGCCAUUGUUUGGCAGGAUGUUUUUGAUUUCAGCAAGCAAAGUAGGGCUCAGUAUGUGGUAGAGGUGUGGAAAAGAGGAUGUUACCUGUGUAAGAUGCAUCAGGUGGCUAAGGCUGGGCUGAAGAUAAUCCUAGCAGCACCAUUCUAUCUGGACCUGCCGGGACCCACACACAACUGGGCUCGCUACUACACCGUGUGCCCGCUCUCCUUUAAGGGCACAGAGCAGCAGAAGAAGCUGGUGAUUGGUGGCGAAGUCUGCAUGUGGGGAGAAUAUGUGGAUGCAGCCAAUCUCAGCCCACGCCUGUGGCCCAGAGCGAGUGCAGCUGCUGAGAGGUUAUGGAGUGAUGAAGAGCAGACAUCUAGUGUUGAAAAGGCCUUUCCUCGCCUACAGGACUUCCGGUGUAAAAUGAUAAGACGUGGCGUUCAAGCAGAACCUCUCUUCAUAGGCCACUGCAAACAUGAGUAUAUCAGUUUAUAGAAUACAUCAGGACAGAACUUAAAUUGUUAUAUGUAAAUAUCCAUGCAAUUUUUUAUUUUUUUUUAAAUAUAAUUUAAUAUAAUGCUUAUCCUUUAUUGCAGUGACAUGAUUCAAAUAUUUAUUAUGGGGACAAAAAUGUCAUUUAAUUUUACUAAUAUGUUUAUUAUCUUUAAUUUGAACUCAUCACUAUUUUGGUGUAUGAAGACUUUUUGAUAUGGUUAUAUAUGGCAUUAUAAUUACCUAUUUGAAAUAAAGUCAUAUACACAUUUAAUGACAUUUUCUUGUUCCAUUACACUGGUCUCAUCUCAUUUGUAGAACAGCAGCAGAUCCUAUUAAGGAUGAUGGAGUUGACACCUGGGCUUAAAUAGGACAAAGUGAGAUGUAAGUGUCUUGAAAUAUCAGAAAUGCAGUCAGUUCUGCUGUGUAGACCACAAUAUUGCAAUACAUUCUGGAGAAAAGUACAGGACACAAAUA